AUGUACUGGAAGCAGUGAACCGAGGUGGAGGUUUAUGAGGCCAUACGUUUCCAGGGGCCUUAUCGACCAAACCUCUCUCCCUUAUUCUCUCUUUAAGAGGUGCCUGCAACACUGAGAGUUGGAGAGAUAGGAGCUCUCUCUCUCUCUCUCUCUCUCUCUCUCUCUAAGAGGUGCCUGCAACAGUGAGAGUGAGAGGGAUAGGAGCUCUUUCUCUCUCUUCAUGCUCCUUUGUCUCUGAGUAUCUCUGCCGCAUUUUUUUUCUUCUUGUCUUUCUCUCUCCUGUUUCAUUUUCUCUCUCUAGGAAGCAUUUCUUCAUAUGGACUGUUAGCAACGGGGGAAGUCAAUUUUCAGAGAGAGUCGUAGUAAGUUAGCUUCAAUUUUUUUUGUGAAAACUGUGCCUAUUGCUUAGCGAGGUACAAAAUAUAUAAAAACAAAGAAAUCAGGGCUUCUUGCCAUAAAUUUCACUGUGUUUUUAUUACUAUUGCUAUCCUAAUCUUUUACUUCUAAUUUUGGCUCUAAAAGUUUUUAUCUCGCCCAUUAAAACCACCCCCUGUUAUUGAGCUCUCGAGCAAGCUCCAUGGCCUCCAUUAUUGGUGUUUCCUCUCUCUACCAGACUCUCUCUCUAGAACUCUCUAGAAGAGCUUCUUCUCAGUUACCCUCCCUUUCUUCGGCCCCUUCUUAUUCCUCCUCUGAAAAACCCCAGUUCCGUUCUCUGUCCUCUCCUAAACCCUUGAACAAGAGUUUCGAAGCUUCUUGUUCCCUAAACGGUGAUUCAUCUGCCAAAAGACAUGGCUUUAAGGGUCUAAUUCCUUGUGCUAUUGCUACUCCAAAUUCGGUUUUGAGCGAGGAGGCAUUCAAAGGGCUCGGAGGCCUUUCAAAAGGUCGUGGUUUUAAAGAUGAUGGGGAGGAUGAUUACGAAUUGGAGGUGGGUUCUGAAGCUUCAAAUGAAGAAAAUCUCGCCAUUGGCAAUUUAGGUUUGCGUGAGGAGCUUGUGGAUGCUCUCGCAAAGAGGGGGAUUACCCAUCUGUUUCCUAUUCAGAGGGCAGUCUUGGUCCCUGCUUUAGAAGGGAGAGACAUCAUUGGCCGUGCAAAGACUGGUACUGGAAAGACAUUGGCCUUUGCAAUCCCGAUCAUUAAACGAUUGGAUGAUGAGGGGAGGAGCCCUUCUAGGGGACGACUUCCUCGAGUCUUGGUGCUAGCACCAACUAGAGAGUUGGCCAAGCAAGUUGAAAAGGAGAUAAAGGAAUCAGCGCCUUAUUUAAGCACCGUUUGUGUUUAUGGUGGAGUUUCUUAUAAUAUCCAACAAAAUGCCCUUACUCGGGGUGUCGAUGUCGUGGUGGGAACACCCGGCCGUAUCAUUGAUCUGGUGAAUGGGAAUAGCCUCCAAUUGGGUGAAGUUCAGUAUUUGGUUCUUGAUGAAGCUGAUCAGAUGCUUGCAGUUGGGUUUGAAGAAGAUGUGGAAGUUAUAUUGGAAAAGCUUCCAACAGGACGUCAGAGUAUGCUUUUCUCUGCAACGAUGCCUGGGUGGGUGAAGAAGUUGGCGAGGAAGUACUUGGAUAAUCCUAUGACAAUUGAUUUGGUAGGUGAUCAAGAAGAAAAGUUAGCAGAAGGCAUCAAGCUAUAUGCAAUACCAACAACUGCAACAACAAAGCGCACUAUCCUUGGGGAUCUCAUCACGGUCUAUGCUAAAGGAGGAAAGACAAUAGUUUUCACACAAACUAAACGAGAUGCUGAUGAAGUAUCUUUGGCGUUAACUAGUAGCAUUACUUCUGAGGCUCUGCAUGGGGAUAUCUCUCAGCAUCAACGUGAGAGAACACUCAAUGGUUUUCGACAAGGCAAAUUUACUGUGCUUGUUGCCACAGAUGUUGCAGCACGUGGGCUCGAUAUUCCCAAUGUGGAUUUGAUUAUCCACUACGAACUGCCAAAUGAUCCAGAAACCUUUGUCCACCGCUCUGGCCGUACAGGUCGUGCUGGGAAAGAAGGCACUGCUAUUCUUAUGUUCACUGGUAGUCAAAGGAGAACCAUCAAAUCUCUCGAACGCGAUGUAGGGUGUAGUUUCGAAUUUAUCAGUCCUCCUCAAAUGGAAGAGGUCUUGGAAUCUUCAGCUGAACAAGUUGUUGCUACUCUUAAGGGAGUCCAUCCUGAAUCCAUCCAGUUUUUCCUUCCAGCUGCUCAGAGAAUGAUCGAAGAACAGGGAACGGAUGCUCUCGCAGCUGCCUUAGCUCACUUGAGUGGUUUCUCUCAACCCCCAUCCUCUAGAUCUCUUGUCACUCAUGAACAGGGAUGGGUGACUUUGCAGUUAACACGCGAACAGGGAUUCUCAAGAGGGUUUCUGUCAGCCAGAUCUGUCACUGGAUUUCUAUCAGAUAUCUAUCCUGCAGCUGCCGAUGAAGUCGGAAAGAUUCACUUGAUUGCUGAUGAAAGGGUUCAAGGAGCUGUUUUUGAUUUGCCUGAGGAGAUAGCCAAAGAGUUACUUACAAAGCAGACUCCACCUGGUAAUACCAUUUCCAAGAUUACGAAGUUGCCACCAUUGCAAGAUGACGGGCCAUCAGGAGACAACUAUGGGCGGUUUCCAAGCAGGGAUCGAGGGGGCCGAGGUGGUUUGAGAGAUCGAGGAGGUUUCAGGGGUUCACGAAACUGGGGCCGCUCAGACUCUGAUGAUGAAGAUCAAUUCAGGCGAGGUGGGAGGAAUUUCAGAGGUGGGAGUAGCCAGUCUCGGAACUCUUGGAGAAGUAAUGACGAUGAUGAUUGGCUCAUUGGCAAUAGGAGGUCUAACCGAUCAUCCUCUUUUGGGAGUAGGGACAGAAGCUUUGGUGGUGCAUGCUUCGUCUGUGGCAGAGCUGGGCACAGGGCGGCAGACUGCCCAAGCAAGCAAGAUUUCUAAAUGGAUCACCUCUUCAACUGUUCACAGCCUUCUCUGUCUGAUUUGUAAUAUAUUUUCUGAUCAUAGUUGGUUAGAAAAGCUUCAAAGAUCUGAAGAGUUUUUUCACUCACUCUUGUCCACUUGAGAUAAGAGAGUUCUAUGGUGCCAUUCUCCAAUGACAGUUACAGGGUUUUGUUGUUGUUGUGCUAGAGAAAUUUACGGUAUGUAAAGCAAGUGUUCUUAUCGAAUUUUCACAUAUCUAUAUCAAGAUAUGGAAUGUGCACGCGUGUCCAUGCGUGUGGCGUUUUAAAGCAAUCUGUUUUGCAAGUAGUUUUUAAGUGUUCCCUUUAUGGAUUUGGAUUUAAUGCUUGAAUGAAGCGCUUGUAGCAUAUACAA